GAAAAAGGACUUUUUGGCGGGAACGCGAGGAGUGAAGUUGUGUGAUUUGUUUUAUUUUGUCUAUUUAGUGUUUCUUCAGGUUUAAAUGUGUAAUAAUGGUGGUUUAUUAACUGUUUAAUAUCUGUGAAAGUGCACAAAUGUGGGAAAAUGAAACAAAGCUGCUUGACGUAACUUCUCGGGUUCCUCCAAAAAGUCCACUGAAAAAAUCUCAGUAAAUGACCACCAUUUUACUGCGAUUAUAUUUCAUCCCAUAUCAUUUCAUUUCAUUAAAUUUCAUCUCAGUUGAUUAAUGUCUCAAAUUAAUCAUUUUCAUUUCAUUUCACUCCAUAUUAUCAUUUUUCAUAAAAUUAAGAAUAUAAAGUAAAAUAAGACAUGACUUAAAGGUCUUAGUUACCAGGUCAUAAAAACUCUUAAAAAAAAAAGCUUACAAAAUAUUAAAUUAUUGAAUCCGAAUCAAAAAAUAUAAUUACUCUCUACAUUCCGAAUUCAUCAAUAUGAAAACAACAUCAGCAGCUCUACGUUUUAAUAUAUCUACUGAAUGUAAAAUUACAAAAGCACGCUCUGCAGUUAUGAAACUUCCCCAUUAUGAUGUGAAGACACCAGUGUUUAUGCCAGUAGGAACCCAGGGUACCAUGAAAGGUCUUCUACCAGAACAGCUAGAAAAUUUAGAUUGUGAAAUUAUACUAGGAAAUACAUACCACCUAGGAAAUCGACCAGGUACAGAUGUUUUAGAAAAAGCUGGUGGCCUCCACAAAUUUAUGGGUUGGAACAGAGCACUCCUUACAGAUUCAGGUGGCUUUCAAAUGGUGUCAUUACUACAAUUAGCGGAAAUAACUGAAGAAGGAGUUAAGUUUAAAUCACCUUAUGAUGGCUCUGAAACUAUGUUGACACCUGAAAGAUCAAUUGAAAUCCAGAACAGCAUAGGAGCUGACAUUAUCAUGCAACUAGAUGAUGUUGUACAAACAACAAACCAAAACUAUGAGAGAAACAAAGAAGCUUCAGAAAGGACCAGCAGAUGGCUUGACAGAUGUCUAAAGGCACACAAGAGACCCACAGAGCAAAGCAUAUUUCCUAUUGUACAAGGUUUAUUAAACAAUACCUUAAGAGAACAGAGUGCUAAAGAACACAUGACUAAAGAUGUAAAUGGAUUUGCUAUUGGAGGGUUAAGUGGGGGUGAAGCAAAGGAUGAUUUCUGGCCAAUGGUUAGCUUGAGCACAGGAAUACUUGAUAAAAACAAGCCACGAUAUCUCAUGGGUGUUGGAGUUGCCAUUGAUCUUGUAGUGUGUGUGGCUCUUGGUGUUGACAUGUUUGACUGUGUUUUCCCAACUCGUACAGCAAGGUUUGGGUGUGCACUUGUGAAUAAAGGACAAUUGAGUUUGAAACAAAAAAAAUAUGAAACAGAUCUAAAUCCAAUUGACAAAGAUUGUACUUGUUCAACAUGUUUGAAUUACACAAGGGCUUAUCUCCACAGUAUUGUAACAGUAGAAACAGUGUCUUGCCAUCUACUUUCUGUGCACAAUAUUGCUUAUCAGAUGCGUCUUAUGAGGACUAUGAGAGAAAAUAUUGAAAAUGGUACAUUUCCAGCUUUUGUACAACAAUUUGUAAACGAAGUUUAUCCCAAUGGCCAAUAUCCUACUUGGGUUGUAAAUUCACUUAGCUCAGUUGGAAUAAAUUUAUGCCAUCUUUAAAA